AUGGAAGAAAUAUCAUCGUUCAGGCCAGUGCGACCUGGCAAUGCAAAAGACUUUGAACAGUUUGCUGAUAUGUUGGAUGUAGUUGUUGUAAACAUGAGGGAUUCUGACAGGUUUGAGGAGUUAGGCAUUGACUGGGAUGAUGUGCUCGAUCAUGAUGUGAAAAAUGAAGCAUCACAGUGGCUCACAGAGAGAAAUCAGAUGGCUAGUAGACGAGGGUUACCCAAAGAAAUUCUUUCAGAUAAUGGCACAAAUUUCAUUGGCGCUGCAAAUGAACUGAAACAGCUUGUUGCUCAACUGGAUACAGACAAAGUGAAGACAUCAUUGGCUAAUAGAGGGGUGAUCUGGAAGUUAAAUCCUCCUCAUGCUCCAAACUUCGGUGGAGUGUUUGAGUCAAUGAUUAAGGCUGCCAAGCGAGCAAUAUAUGCCAUUCUGGGAUCUGGAGAUAUAACAGAUGAGGAGCUGGUGACAGCGUUUUCCGAUGAAGAGGUGGAGAAGAGUACAGGAACUUGUGCGUCAUGUCUGGAGGCGCUGGAUGAAGGAGUGGUUGCCAUCAUUACAGACAAGAAGGAAAUGGUUUUCACCCAGCCGUGA